AAGACUGAGCUUGCUGCUUUCAUCCUUGCGGCUGUCGGUGGCUGCAAAGGCGAAGAAAGCAUGGAUCUUAGCGAACUGGAGGAAGACAAUACAGGCCGCUGUCGCCUGAGCUCACCUGUGCCCGCAGUGUGCCUCAAGGAGCCCUGCGCCCUCGGCGUGGAUGAGGCGGGCCGGGGACCCGUGCUGGGUCCCAUGGUCUACGCCAUCUGUUACUGCCCCCUGUCCCGCCUGGCAGAGCUAAAGGCCUUGAAAGUGGCAGACUCAAAGACCCUGUCGGAGAGCGAGCGGGACCGGCUCUUUGCGAAAAUGGAGAAGGACAGGGAUUUUGUGGGCUGGGCACUGGACGUGCUGUCUCCAAAUCUCAUCUCUACCAGCAUGCUUGGGCGGGUCAAAUACAACCUGAACUCCCUGUCCCAUGAUACGGCUGUUGGGCUGGUGCAGCAUGCGUUGGACCAGGGUGUGAACGUCACUCAGGUAUUUGUGGACACCGUGGGUCUGCCAGAGAAAUACCAGGACCGGUUGCAGCAGCGCUUUCCUGGGAUUGAGGUGACGGUCAAGGCCAAAGCUGAUGCACUGUACCCUGUGGUCAGUGCUGCCAGCAUCUGUGCCAAGGUGGCCCGAGACAAGGCAGUGAAGGACUGGCAGUUCGUGGAGAAACUGCCGGACUUGGAUGCCAAUUAUGGUUCGGGCUACCCCAAUGAUCCCAAGACAAAAGCAUGGUUGAAGAAGCACGUGGAGCCUGUGUUCGGCUUCCCCCAGUUUGUCCGGUUCAGUUGGCGCACGGCCCAGAGCAUCCUGGAGAAGGAGGCGGAAGGUGUUAUAUGGGAGGACUCCUCAGCAGAGGACCAGGAGGGCCUUGGGAGGAUCACAUCUUACUUUCUCAGUGAAAGCCCCCGUCGCCACACUCCUCACCGGUAUUUCCAGGAACGUGGCCUGGAGUCAGCCAGUACCCUCUAA